AGAACGCGAAGAAACUAAGAACGUUCACCGUACCAUGCUUCCUCGAUCCAUCAGAGCAUGACCCCAAAUUAGGGUUUCCAUCUCCGCCUCAUGGAGAACCAGAUCGCUUCUCCCAUGGAUUCCCGUGCGGCUGACGCGUUGCCUAGGUUCCCUCCUCCCAAGAGCUCGUCCUUCAGCAAUCCCAUCACCGAUGGCGACUCACAGCACCCUUGGGGCCUGAACUACAGCUUAAGCAGCAGUGAUCGGAGGCUUGCCUUCUCUCGCCAGCCAUCUUUCCGCCAAUCCGAUCCUCGCACGCCUAAUGCGCUCCAGAGGAGUGAUUCUCUUCGUCCCUAUCUUUCUCGGUCUGAUUCGUCGAUCAGUAUCUUGCCACCUGAGAGCGAUGGUUUAGGGUUUGGAUCUGGGAAGGUUGUUAUUGGAGAGGAUGUGGAUGCUGGGAAGAAGAAGCUGGGGGUCCUUGGUUUGCUGUUGGCUGUGGUCAGGGCUGUUAGGUCGGGGAAUCGGCCGAUGAAGCGAUUGACUUUGCUGAUAUCGCUUAAUGUGGCUUAUUCGUCUGCUGAACUGAUGAUUGGUCUUCUCACCGGGCGUGUAGGUUUGGUGUCAGAUGCCUUUCAUUUGACAUUUGGUUGUGGGCUUUUGACAUUUUCCUUAUUUGCGAUGGCGGCUGCUAGAAAGAAGCCUGAUGGAAUAUAUACAUAUGGAUACAAACGAUUAGAAGUAUUGGCUGCUUUCACAAAUGCUAUUUUUCUUUUAUUUAUGUCAUUCUCCUUGGCGGUGGAAGCACUCCAUGCAUUCAUACAAGAUGAAUCUGAGCACAAGCAUUACCUGAUUGUUUCAGCUGUUACCAAUCUUUUAGUGAAUUUGAUUGGUGUUUGGUUCUUCAGGAGCUAUGCACGUGUUAAUAUUGUUUACAGGAAUGCUGAGGAUAUGAACAAUCACUCCAUCUGCUUACACGUUCUUGCAGAUUCAAUACGGAGUGCAGGCUUGAUUCUGGCAUCAUGGUUUUUAACUUUAGGUGUUGAGAAUGCCGAGGUAUUGUGCUUGGGGCUGGUCUCAGUUACUGUUUUCAUGGUUGUCCUGCCUCUUUUUCAAGCAACUGGAAGCAUCUUGCUUCAAAUGGCUCCGGGCAACAUACACCCUUCUGCCUUCAGUAAAUGCUUGAGACAGAUCACUGCCCUCGAGGAUGUUUCUGAGGUCUCACAAGCCCGCUUCUGGGAACUAGUACCUGGUCAUGCCAUCGGUUCAUUGUCAAUACAGAUAAAGACGGGAGCUGAUGAUUACCGCAUUCUACAAUAUGUGCAUGGAUUGUAUCACGAUUUGGGGAUACAAAAUUUGACUGUUCAAAUAGAUUUUGUGUAAGCUUUCUCUCUUCUUUUCAUCAUGAAGCUCUCUCAAUAUAAUCAUCUAUUUAGAGAAGUUUUAUGCAUUAAAACCGUGUUAUUUGUUAGUGAGGUUUUGAAUCUCAUGUUAAAUAUGAGUCAUUAAAUUGAUUAUUAGUUAUGUAAUUAGCAAUUUUCCCUUGAUAUUGAGAAUAGUCAUUGUUGAAACGCCAAUUUGUGUUUUUCAAUUUUGCAUUUUUUUUUAGAAGAAAGUCCAUUUUCAGUC